GCAAGCAAGGCAGCAGUUUUGCAGGUUUCGUCGUCGUGCGCGACAAGUAGGUAUGGAAGAGAACCGCAACCCGAGUCUGUCUGCAUCAACCUUGUCGUCCCGCAAGGAAUCUGCGAGCGGAGAUGUGCCGCCAUCGAUCUCGGCAGCUGGAGCAUGGCCAGGGGGGCGCAGCGCAGCUCCGCGGGUCCCUUCUAUGCUCGGUGGUCUCCCCCCCUUGCCCACUUUCAAGGCGCCUCCGCAGUGGGACUGUCGAAAUGUGCUCUCACCGCCAAGGUCGGACACGUACACAAGCAUUCCUCCGCAACGUGCUGAGGAGUCCUUCUCCUCCCUCAUGGGCCAGGCUGCAGGCAGCCAACCGCAAUCACCGUUUCAGAGAGGUUUUCCCUCAUCGAUAGGGUGGGGCAUGCCGCAUGAGCACGCAGGCGUUCCACGUAUCAAGCAGUCGAGGUCCUUCGAUGACUCGAUUACAGGUGGGAGAGUCCAUACGGGCGUGGCGGGCGUAGAUGGUAGAGCGGCGAUGCAGACUUCCAACAUGGAAGUCGGCCUUCGCGGGCAGGUGGAGAUGCAAAGAAGGGCCUUUGGCGGGGCAGGUCCCCCCCCCUCUGCCCCAUCCCCCAAUCAAAUGGAAUUCGCACCGCAGGCAAUGGAAGAUGGGGACAGUCGACGGCCCUCCCCCAACGCACGAGGGCAGGACGCGUGGAGUGGUCCUGUGGAGGACAUUGCCGGGGCGCAGGCAGCGCAGGGGAUGACGACUGCAGGUGUGGGGGAAACAGGGGAAGGCAGUAAGAGCACGGCAACGGCGAGCAAUGCCGGUGGGGUUGGAGAGUCUGCCGCAAAAGGAAAGAGUCGGGGCGAUAAUUGGAGGUUGGAUGAAACGCUGGCGCUACUACGAUACCUUGCGGAAGAGGAUGCUAUGCACGUUAACAGACCGAGGAGGCAGCAGAUGAAGGGGAAGAUGGAGAGGUAUGAGUGGGUGGUGUUGAAGAUGGUGCAGCAAGGCUUGGCGAAAAGACUGGUGGGGGAGUGCAAGAGAAAGUUCCACGCUCUUGUGGACCACGCGAAGAAAAUCAGGGACUUCCAUAACCGGUCCUGUGAGCGAAUCUACUGGAACAUGGACAAACAGGAGAGAAAGCAGGCCAGCUCGCCCCUGCAUUAUAAGCGGCAAUGCUGGGACGCGAUCCAGUAGAAGUUGGGGAAGUCUUCCGGGUCUUGCAACCGGGUGGUGAAGUCCGUUGAUGUUCUUGGAGGUGCCACCAGCACUGUCACAUCAGAUGACGAAGGGGGGGGUGGCGAGUGAGGGGAGUGUGCCACGCAGGCGGGCGGAGAGUGACAUGUCGGAGGGUUCGAAGUACCAGCGCACCGGGGGAGGAGGGCGAUGCAGCAGUUCGGACUCCCCGGCUGCAGGUGGGAGAGAUGGAACCAUGUCGGACAUCGUGACAACUUUGGCGGAUUCAAACAAACAAAAUGCAAAAAUGCUU